UCACCUCCGGUGUUAGGUGUCAUGGAUGCCCUGAGAAUCUAGUAAGAAUUUGCACCCGUGGUGGGGAAGGUCUGAAGCCCACACCUGAAAACCCAGUGAAGUAAAGUUGCGUUUUGGUUGUGGAAGUGACAACUUCUCCGAUUCCUCGGCGAUGGCGGCGUCCGGGAGCGGUAUGGCCCAGAAAACCUGGGAAUUGGCCAACAACAUGCAAGAAGCCCAGAGUAUUGAUGAAAUCUACAAAUACGACAAAAAACAGCAGCAAGAAAUCUUGGCGGCGAAACCCUGGACUAAGGAUCACCAUUACUUUAAAUACUGCAAAAUCUCAGCUUUGGCUCUACUAAAAAUGGUGAUGCAUGCCAGAUCAGGAGGCAACUUGGAAGUGAUGGGUGUUGGUCGCCUUGAAAAUGCAAUUGGCUGGUACCAUAGCCACCCUGGCUAUGGCUGCUGGCUUUCUGGGAUUGAUGUUAGUACACAGAUGCUUAACCAGCAGUUCCAAGAACCAUUCGUAGCAGUGGUAAUUGAUCCAACAAGAACAAUAUCUGCAGGAAAAGUGAAUCUUGGAGCCUUUAGGACAUACCCAAAGGGCUACAAACCUCCUGAUGAAGGACCUUCUGAAUACCAAACUAUUCCACUCAACAAAAUAGAAGACUUUGGUGUACAUUGCAAACAAUACUAUGCCUUAGAAGUCUCAUAUUUCAAAUCCUCUUUGGAUCGCAAAUUACUUGAGCUUUUGUGGAAUAAAUACUGGGUGAAUACACUGAGUUCCUCUAGCUUGCUUACUAAUGCAGACUAUACCACUGGUCAGGUGUUCGAUUUGUCUGAAAAGUUAGAGCAGUCAGAAGCUCAGCUGGGCCGAGGGAGUUUCAUGUUGGGUUUAGAAACACAUGAUCGAAAGUCAGAAGAUAAACUUGCCAAAGCUACAAGAGACAGCUGUAAAACCACCAUAGAAGCCAUCCAUGGAUUGAUGUCUCAGGUUAUUAAGGAUAAACUGUUUAAUCAAAUUAACAUCUCUUAAACAGUCACUGAUAGUACUUUUGCCUGAAAACUGGUAUGCGGAAAAAUACUCAAGUAAUACUUUUAAAACCAGUUACCAAAAAUCUAAUUAGAAGUAUAAGGUGCUCUGAAAUGUCCUGAAUAUUAACAUCCUGUAAUAAAACUCUAUAAAAUUAAA